AAGAAAAUGUCAGUCAGCAUGCAUGAAAAUCGCAAAUCUAGGGCCAGUAGUGGCUCCAUAAACAUAUACUUGUUCCACAAGUCAUCCUAUGCUGAUAGUGUCCUUACUCACCUGAACCUUCUGCGUCAGCAACGUCUCUUUACAGAUGUACUUCUGCAUGCUGGGAACAGGUCAUUCCCCUGCCACAGAGCCGUUCUAGCUGCUUGUAGCCGCUAUUUUGAAGCAAUGUUCAGUGGAGGAUUGAAAGAGAGCCAGGACAGUGAAGUCAACUUUCAUAAUUCGAUUCACCCAGAGGUCUUGGAGCUUCUUCUGGACUAUGCGUAUUCCUCCAGGGUUAUCAUCAACGAGGAGAAUGCAGAGUCACUGCUGGAGGCUGGUGACAUGCUGGAGUUUCAGGACAUUCGGGAUGCUUGUGCAGAAUUUCUGGAGAAAAACCUUCAUCCCACCAACUGUCUUGGGAUGCUGCUGCUGUCGGAUGCUCACCAGUGCACCAAGCUGUAUGAACUCUCUUGGAGGAUGUGCCUUAGCAACUUCCAGAGUAUCAGUAAAAGCGAAGACUUUCUCCAGCUGCCAAAAGACAUGGUAGUGCAGCUCCUUUCCAGUGAAGAGUUAGAAACCGAAGAUGAAAGGCUGGUGUAUGAAUCAGCUAUCAACUGGGUCAGCUAUGACCUGAGUAAGCGUCACUGUUACCUGCCUGAGCUAUUGCAGAUGGUGAGACUGGCCCUUUUGCCAGCCAUAUACCUUAUGGAGAAUGUGGCCAUGGAAGAACUUAUCACCAAGCAAAGGAAAAGCAAAGAGAUUGUAGAAGAAUCGAUACGAUGCAAGUUAAAGAUCUUACAGAAUGAUGGAGUGGUCACUAGUUUGUGUGCAAGACCCCGUAAAACUGGCCAUUCGCUUUUUCUUCUGGGUGGCCAAACCUUUAUGUGUGACAAGCUGUACCUGGUGGACCAAAAGGCAAAGGAGAUCAUUCCAAAGGCUGACAUACCAAGUCCACGGAAAGAGUUCAGUGCUUGCGCCAUAGGCUGCAAAGUGUAUAUCACUGGGGGGCGAGGGUCAGAAAACGGAGUCUCCAAAGACGUGUGGGUGUAUGACACCCUUCACGAGGAGUGGUCGAAGGCUGCUCCCAUGCUGGUGGCUAGGUUUGGGCAUGGUUCUGCUGAGCUUAAGCACUGUUUGUAUGUAGUAGGAGGACACACCGCAGCAACUGGUUGCCUUCCAGCUUCCCCUUCAGUAUCCUUAAAGCAAGUAGAACAAUACGACCCCGUGACCAACAAAUGGACCAUGGUUGCCCCACUGCGAGAGGGAGUAAGCAAUGCAGCUGUAGUAAGCGCAAAGCUUAAGCUGUUUGCUUUCGGAGGUACCAGUGUUAGCCAUGACAAGCUGCCCAAAGUUCAGUGCUAUGAUCAGUGUGAAAACAGAUGGACAGUACCAGCCACCUGCCCUCAGCCCUGGCGCUACACAGCUGCAGCUGUUCUGGGUAACCAGAUUUUUAUUAUGGGUGGAGAUACCGAAUUCUCUGCGUGCUCUGCUUAUAAAUUCAACAGUGAGGCAUACCAGUGGACUAAGGUGGGAGAUGUGACAGCUAAGCGAAUGAGCUGCCAUGCAGUGGCAUCUGGAAACAAAUUGUAUGUCGUUGGAGGCUACUUUGGCAUUCAGAGGUGCAAAACAUUGGACUGCUACGAUCCCACGUUAGAUGUAUGGAACAGCAUAACAACUGUGCCCUAUUCAUUAAUUCCAACGGCUUUUGUCAGCACAUGGAAGCACCUCCCCUCAUAAUUGUGUGUAUGUUGCAAUUACAAAUUAUCAGUUUACUCCUUUUUUGGAGAAGAGAAUUGGAACCUCAGAUCUGGAGAAAGAUUUUAACGAAGAAAAAAUAGUUCAGUGUCUCUUGCAUUUGAAGAAAAUCAUCUGCACCUUGUAAAUUAUCUAACCUAGACAUGAAGGAACGGGAGGGAAAAAACUGUCUUCAGUGCUUCAGCACAUGGUUAAAUAUGAAUGGACGAACCUGUGAUCUGGUCCUUGUGCUAGUAAUUGUGGAUUAAUGCCAAUAUUAAUCAGUCCUUCAAAGAAGAAAAAGAAGAGACAGAACUUCUCUGAGCUGUG